UCGACGACAACCCGUACGACACGGACGCGUGGAACGUGCUGAUCCGCGACGCUCAGACGAAGCCGAUCGUCGAGGCGCGCGUCACGAUGGAGCGCUGCGUCGAGCGCUUCCCCAACGCCGGCCGCUACUGGCGGCAGUACAUCGACGCCGAGCUGCGGCAGCGCAACUUUGAGAAGGUGGAGAAGCUGUUCCAGCGCUGCCUCCUCAAGGUGCUCAACAUCGACCUGUGGCGCGCGUACCUCAACUACGUCAAGGACACGAAGGGCUCGCUGCCGUCCUACCGCGAGAAGAUGGCGCAGGCGUACGAUUUUGCGCUCGAUAAGAUGGGCAUGGAUAUCAUGUCGUAUCAGAUCUGGGCGGAUUACAUCACGUUCCUGAAGAACGUGGAGGCGGUGGGGUCGUACGCGGAGAACCAGCGCAUCACGGCCGUGCGCAAGAUCUACCAGCGCGGCUGCGUCAACCCGAUGGUGAACAUAGAGCAGCUGUGGAAGGACUACACGGCGUACGAGACGGGCAUCAACCCGCUCAUCGCGAAGAAGAUGGUGGACGACCGCAGCCGCGACUACAUGAACGCGCGCCGCGUCUCGAAGGAGUACGAGGCGGUGACGCGCGGCCUCGCGCGCGGCGUCCCGUCCGUGCCGCCGAUGGCCGUGCCGGAGGAGGAGCGCCAGGUGGCGCUGUGGAAGAAGUACAUCGCGUGGGAGAAGGGCAACCCGCUGCGCUCCGAGGACCACGCCGCGAUCACGAAGCGCGUCAUGUUCGCGUACGAGCAGUGCCUGCUCUGCCUCGGCCACCACCCGGACAUCUGGUACGAGGCGGCGCUCUACCUGGAGCAGUCGAGCAAGCUGCUCGUCGAGAAGGGAGACACGAACGCCGGCAAGCUGUUCAGCGACGAGGCGGCGAACAUGUACGAGCGUGCGAUCACGACCAUGCUGCGCCGCAACCAGCUGCUCUACUUCGCAUACGCUGACUUCGAAGAGAGUCGCAUGCACUUCCAGAAGGUGCACCAAAUCUACCAGAAGAUACUCGACAUCUCGGACGCCGACCCGUCCCUCGCGUACAUCCAGUACAUGAAGUUUGCGAGGCGCGCGGAGGGGAUCAAGUCGGCACGCGCCAUCUUCAAGAAGGCUCGGGAGGACGCUCGCUCGAGCUACCACAUCUUCGUCGGAGCCGCGCUCAUGGAGUACUACUGCAGCAAGGACAAGAACGUCGCGUUCAAGAUCUUCGAGCUGGGCGUGAAGCGCUACGCGGACUCGCCAGAGUUCAUCCUCUCUUACGUGGAGCACCUGUCGCACCUCAACGAGGACAACAACACGCGCGUGCUCUUCGAACGCGUGCUCACGUCGGGCGGGCUCCGCGACGAGAACUCGCUCGAGAUCUGGAACGAGUUUCUCCGCUUCGAGACGGACGUCGGCGACCUCGCGAGCAUCCUGAAGGUCGAGCGGCGGAGGAACGCCGUCAUCGAGAGGCUGAGCGCGCUCGAGGGCAAGGAGACGGCGCUGCUCGUCGACCGAUACAAGUUCCUCGACCUGUACCCGUGCACCGGCGGGGAGCUGCGCGCGAUCGGAUACCGCGAGCUGUCUCGCCCGCGCCCGCAUGCGGCGGCGACCACGGCAUCGACCCCUGCGACGGCGGCAGGUGGCGCUGGCGAGGACGACGACGGCGGGCGGGCGCGUCCGGAGUACCCGCGGCCGAACCUGGAGCAGAUGAUCCCGUUCAAGCCUCGCGUCAUCGCCCCGCCGGGAGCGCACCCGGUCCCCGGGGGCGUGUUCCCGGCCCCGCCCGCCGCCGCCCACCUCAUGGGGGCGCUGCCGCCGCCCGCGUACUUCCACGGUCCGUUCGUCGCCGUCGAUUGCCUCAUCGAGAGAUUCCGCGCGUGCGAUUUGCCGACCGAGCCGCUGAUAGGGGGCGCCGACGGAGCUAACGGCCACAACGCGCUGCACGCGGAGUACACGAAGCUGUUUGAGUUUUUCGCGAACACGGGCGCGCUGCCGCAGCCGGAGGGCAGGAAGAGGAAGGCGGGGGCGGGGGCCGGCGGGGAGGGAGACGACGACGACGAGGACGACGCCGCCGCCGCGCCGCCCGUCAACGACCUCUACCGCGCGCGCCAGCAGAAACGCGUGCGAUGA